GCCUAUUUCAUUGAGUCGGAGAGACUGGACCUAAAUGGCGCAGCAUGACUUUGCACCAGCCUGGCUUAAUUUUCCUACUCCGCCAUCGUCAACAAAGUCGUCAUUGAAUUUUGAGAAGCAUUCUGAAAAUUUUUCAUGGACAGAAAAUCGGUAUGAUGUGAAUCGUCGACGACACAACUCUUCAGAUGGCUUUGAUUCUGGUAUUGGACGACCUAAUGGAGGUAAUUUUGGAAGGAAAGAAAAAAAUGGAUGGCGUACACAUGGAAGAAAUGGUACAGAAAACAUAAAUCAUCGAGGGGGGUACCAUGGUGGAAGUUCCCGUUCUCGUAGCAGUAUUUUUCAUCCUGGAAAAAGCCAAGGACUACACGAAAACAGCAUACCUGACAAUGAAACAGGGAGGAAAGAUGAUAGGAGAGAACGUAAACAGUUUGAGGCUGAAGAUUUUCCAUCUUUAAAUCCUGAGUAUGAGAGAGAACCAAAUCAGAAUAAAUCUUUAGCUGCAGGUGUAUGGGGCCUACACGCCCAGACACACACAUACCAAACCAAAAAAAUCUCCCAAGCUCCUCUCUUAGAAUAUCCUCCGAAUCCUAAAUCUAGAACCCCAAGGAUGCUGGUUAUUAAGAAAGGUAAUGCAAAAGACUUACAGCUCUCUGGAUUCCCAAUUGUAGGAAAUCUUCAGUCACAGCCAGCUAAGAAUGGGACUGGCCCAAGUGUUUAUAAAGGCUUAGUCCCUAAACCUGCUGCUCCACCUACAAAACCUACACAAUGGAAAAGCCAAACUAAAGAAAAUAAAGUUGGGAGUUCUUUCUCUCAUGAGUCUACUUACAGUGUUGGUAACUUUAAUGCUUUUAAACCAACUGCCAAGAAUUAUAGUCCAUCAACAACUUCAGUAAAAGAGUGUAAUCGCUCAAAUUCCUCUUCACCUGUUGACAAACUUAAUCAGCAGCCUCGGCUAACCAAACUGACCCGUAUGCGUACUGAUAAGAAGAGUGAAUUUUUGAAAGCAUUAAAGAGGGACAGAGUAGAAGAGGAACAUGAAGAUGAAAGCCAUGCUGGUUCAGAGAAGGAUGACGACUCGUUUAAUUUGCAUAACAGCAAUAGUACUCGCCAAGAAAGGGACAUAAACCGAAAUUUUGAUGAAAGUGAAGUUCCUCAAGAGAAUGGCAAUGCCUCAGUGAUAUCUCAACAGAUCAUUCGUUCUUCUACCUUCCCACAAACGGAUGUUCUUUCAAGUUCACUUGAAGCAGAACACAGAUUGUUAAAGGAGAUGGGCUGGCAAGAAGACAGUGAAAAUGAUGAAACUUGUGCUCCUUUAACUGAAGAUGAAAUGAGAGAAUUCCAAGUUAUUAGUGAACAGUUACAGAAGAAUGGCCUGCGGAAAAAUGGUAUUUUGAAAAAUGGUCUGAUCUGUGACUUCAAGUUUGGACCCUGGAAAAACAGCACUUUCAAACCCACUAUUGAGAAUGAUGACACAGAAACAAGUAGCAGUGACACAUCAGAUGAUGAUGAUGUGUGAAGGAUUUCCUAACAGCUUUAGAAAUUUUAGUGUGAUACAUCUCAUACAAUUUGGGGUGAAUUGUAAAAAUGAAGAACUAUAAUUUAUGUAGUAAAAAACCCCAUUAGAAGAUGAUUUUU